AUGGAGGUGAAUCCAACUCAAGAGUCCACGCAGCCGUACUCAGAUCCCCGCCGUAUUGGCUCGCAUAACUCUGGUUUACAAGAUCAAGAUGUGUCAGAUAUCAUUUGUAUUCUGCACCCCGGCUCUCAUCCAGCUCAUGAGGCCGUUGAUGCUACAUCUCGCCAGCCCAAGGGAUACCAGCAUAUCCUCCAACGCGAUGAAUUCCAGUUCGACUCCAUAGAUUCAUCCUCUCGUGAUAUCGCUAUUCGUAUGUCAUCCUCAGUCCAUGACCUGUCUUUGGGUUUCGUUUUUGGACGCAACCCAUUAAAAUGCGAUGUACUUCUGAGUCCUGAGGUGACAUCAAAACACAUUUCCAACAUUCAUUUCCGCAUAUUUGUGAACGAGGAUGGAAUCCUGAUGCUUCAAGACUUGUCAACAAAUGGCACCGUUGUAGAUGAUACCCGGCUGUGGAAGCGUAACACUCAAACUACCCGUAUGCUUGUCAACGGUUCGGUUAUCAUCGUCGCCUCAGAUAACAAGCAUAACAAGGAAGUGCGUUUUGUGGUGCGCAUCCCCUCUCGAGAUGGCUUUCAAGUCCAGUACACUCAGAACCUAGUGGCAUAUUUGGAUCGAGUUGGACGACAUAACGCAAAAGUCAAGAAUUUGCAGGCCCGAGCUCCGCCACCACAAAAGGCCCUUCAGUGGACUUUGGGAAACCCUUACGGCAUGCAUUGGACAGGUGGUUCGAUAUACAAUGUCACUGGGCAGAUUGGAAAGGGUGCGUUUGCUACUGUAUACAAGUUAGCAACAAAGCAGGAUGGUAUUGUGUAUGCUGCCAAAGAACUUGACAAACGCCGUUUCAUGAAAAACGGGAUUCUUGACCAGAAGGUGGACAAUGAAAUGAAGAUUAUGAAAGAUCUUCGCCAUCCCAAUAUUGUGCAAUAUGUUGACCACCAUGAACAUGAGCGCUGGAUUUACAUCAUCAUGGAGUACAUUGCGGGAGGCGAGUUGUCUGCAUAUCUGGCAAGCAAUGGAAAGAUUGCCGAAGACAUGGUCAAAAGCAUUGCUCGGCAGCUAUUACACGCUUUGCAAUACCUGCACAAGCGCAAAAUCACACAUCGAGACAUCAAGCCAGACAACAUUCUCAUAUCCUCCGUAGACCCUCUCAGAGUGAAGUUAUCUGAUUUUGGUCUUUCAAAGGUUGUUCAAGAGGAGACCUUCAUGAAGACCUUCUGUGGUACUUUGCUUUAUUGUGCGCCAGAAGUCUAUCCAGAAUACGACAACUAUCGGCAAGGUGUGGCUAGAAAGCGUCGUCGACUUGGUGAUCCACCCCCACGAACUUCUCCAUACGAUCAGUCUGUUGAUAUGUGGUCACUUGGGGCUGUGCUGUUCCACCUUCUCUGCGGCUCGCCGCCAUACACCGGUCGUGGAGACGACAGGGGAGCUCAGAUGCUUCGUACUAUCAUGACAACAGACGUAGAAUAUGACCUCCUGCGUGAGGAGGGUGUUUCCGAGGGAGCGAUAGACUUUGUGUCGAGGCUUUUACGCACAGACCCACAUGAGCGUCCCACCGAAAGGGAGUUGUUCAAACACCCUUGGAUCGCAGAUGUUGCGGACGUGGACGAGUACCCCGACUCGGAAGAAAUACAAUUGGAGGAUGAGCAGCUGGCAAUCAUCACUGAAGCUUUAGAAGAGGAGUUGGACGCCUCCCAGUUGUCAAUCAAGGACCAUGGUGGCUAUAAUGAGAUUGUGAUUGGUGGUGACUCAGAAGAGACAUUAUUGAAGCGCCCGCGUCUCGAUGCGGAAACUUCCAUCCAUUAUCCAUCGCUUCCGCCUAUUGACAGCUUCUCGGUCCUAGAAGUGCCGACAAAUUUGCAGGCUGCAACAGCGAAUCGACUUUUUGGCGAAGUCACGUCAUCUGCUUUGCGCAGCUCCGGCAUUUUUGGCAGCCUAAGCUCUCGCAACUUUGAUGUUAAAAGCGAUCAAUCUUCUGGUGAGUCGAUGGAGGUGGAUUCUGACAAUCUGUCUGCUGGAGUGUACUCAUUUCCCAUACCCAACUUCACUAGCUCGGCACACAGUCUCUUGGGAGCUGAUAGCCUAGUGGGACAACUCAACAUGUCACCCAACGAUACCUCUUCAAAUGAUCCUGGGGCUGCGGAGGGCAAGCCUGGCACGCCCCAGCGCCGUACUGCACGAGAGUUGACGCCCGCUAAUCAGGAAAGCGCAGACCCAGCACAGGACAAAUAUUCCGCCGCAACCGAAGUCACGCCCAAAGCUUUACCUUUUCAUCGUCGUAUCGACCUCCCACUUCCCGAUACUGCCAGCGAAAGCUCGAUACCGCGAAGUGACUCUUUCCAGGGUCCGUCGAGUGACGGUGACGACAACAAUCAAGACGAGCUAGCUGUCACGAUCGAUGCUCGCACUGGCCGCGAAGUCGCGGACGAACUACCCCCGACGACAGACAGCGACUACUCCGACCGUCAAGCAAUGGAGACUAGAACAAUGCCUAGCGAAAUCCCUCAGAGCCAGACACCAUCCAACUUCGUAAAGCCUCGACCUUUGCUUGGUAGAUUGGCUACUGUACCUGGGUCAAUUUUCGAUCUCAAUCUACGCUUGGAAGGUCGCAUGACAUCUUGGGGUCGCGGUCCUUUGGCAACUUUCGUUUAUCCCGAUCGCAUGGAUACCCGCAUUCCAGCAUACGCGAUUGAAGUGACCUUCUGGAGCCCAGGUCUCGAAAUGUUGAUCGAUGAAGGAGCCGACUGGCUAGAAAUCCCAGAUGUCAUGACGAUCCUGUCUACAAAGACACGCAAUCGCAUUUGGGUAAAUGAUAUUGAGCUUCGUCGCGGCCCGACUAUGGAUAACGGCAGCGAGGUUUGGAUCUUUGGUAAAAUUUACACCGGCGAUAUCAUCACCAUCUGGCAGAACGGCGGACAAUUCUUAAAAUUCCGAUGCGAAAUCUACCACGGCGACAGUGCGCGUCCUCGUCCAGAGUCUGAGAAGGGAUUCAUCGUGCGCCAGGUGCUACACCCAAAGAGCAACUCGGAUCGGAAUCGCCAACCCAAUAAACCUGACAGCGAGAAGCUGUAUGCAUAA